UGGUUUCAUUGCUAUGCUGGCGAACGAACCGCGAAGUUCGGUCAAACUUACGCCGAAAUCGUAUCCUUCAAUUCGAACACGAAGAAGCUUUUCAUCAUGCAGUUUGAAAGGCCGGCUCUCUUCUGGAUAGCACUGGCAGCCCUCGGAUCUUUGGCUUGUGGCGAAGAAGCAAAGACAUUCCCUGGUGCCUCAGUGAUCAUUCCCGCCGUGUUACCGAUCAUCGGUACAAUCAUUCCCGCACUUCUUCCAGGCGGACCGCCUCCACCGUCCUUGCCGGGGGUUUCCGUUUCCCAUGCGACGUCCGUGGCCACGUCGGUAAGCAAUCAACCCAUCACUAUCAGCCAUAGUGGUUCGGUCUCGACCAGUGGGAACACAAAUGCUGGUGCUACUGCCACCACAGGGUCCGGGCUGAGCGCUCAGAGCAGUUCCGGGACGAGCAAGAAAUCCGCCACUACCUCGACAAUCCCUGGCAUACUGAUGAGCAGAAGGUGGCGCAAGUUUUUCCAAAACCUCGGUUGACAUCAGCGCAGCCCGUCGCAUCCGUGGCGUUCGAUCUGACGUCGCCAGUACGAGCCACGAAAAAAAGCCUUGAAUCGAUUGCACAAAAAAAUCAGCCUUUCCCCCGUUGAUAGAGUAGUCAUUUAAAUAAUUAAUGAGAAAUCCCGAAAGCCAAUGGAGGUUCUUGAGGCGCCCGAGUGCAUCCGAAAAGGAGGAUUCAUCAGAGGCCACACCACAGAGUACUAGCUGAUUCUGUGCCGAUAUGAUUCUGAAAGAGAUUGGGCAAAUCGUAGAUUUCUGAAAACGUAAGCGAUAUAAACGGCUGUAACAUCCGACAUCCGAGAAGGUAGGCAACGUAUUUCAUUAUCACAAUUUUAUUAAAAUUAGGUAAAACAUUGUUAAAAG